CGCUGCCGCAGUCUCAGUCUCAGUUUCAGUUUUCAGUCGUUUCGAUUGCAAGUUUAAAGCCCUGUUGUGUCUGCACUUCUGUGAUUUAUUUCCAAAAUGUGAAGCCGAAAUUCAUUUUCAACUCGUAAUACUCAAUAAUACUUUGGCUUACAUCGAUUUCGAUGCCCAGUGAUACACCAGAUCGUCGGCUAGCAGAUCAAAAAGAUAGAUUCAUGAGUACGACAACAGGAAAGGGACACGUCGCACACGGACUCUUCGGGAGAAUCAAACUACCUUAAUACUAUUAGCUAAAUCCUAGUUGAAUAUGUCAAAUAAAGGGUCCAUCGGUGGAGUGGCAUGCACGUCGCCACAGAUCGACACAGAUCAAUGGUCCGCCUUGGAGAAACAGAGGCAGAUGGACCCGGCACCAGGUCCAUCCUGCUGUGGUGGCCUUAACAAAUCUCUCGGAGAGCCAACGUACCGCAAGAUCGGACGGCGAAAGAUACUCCAGGUCCACGUCCACGACCCCGGAACGACGGCGAAUGCAACGGCGAAACUCAAUAGAAUCUAUUUAUGUACAUUUAACCGGAUGGCACAGAGCUGUAUAUAUUUUGUAUUAUUUUUAGUAAUCCUAAGCCCAAAUACUAGUUGUGCUCUGCGGAGCAGUGGCGCCGAGACUCACAAUUAUGCCGGAAUACUCAGCAACAGUAGUAGAACAACAACAACAGCAACAACAACCAGGCCAUCGUUCCACGAUGAUGGCGAUAGCCACGGCUACAGCAAUAGCCAGAGCAAUAGCUUCAUCCACAGCACCUCACCCAAGGUCGCCUCCGGCCUCCGGGGAGGUGAGAGAGCAGGUCAAGCACAGACCAUUAGUGGCGGCAAGUACGAUGAUAAUAACUAUGAAAAUACUCACACAAAUGCCAGUGCGAAAGAUGAGAAGGCUGAGCAGCAGCUGGCGAACAGCCUCGACUUCGACGGGGUCGAUAUGUUUGGCGCCUUCAGUAUUCCCGAGGAGGCGAUAUACACCAACGAGUUCGCCGUCAACAUUCCAGCUGGCCAGCAAGUGGCCGACGUCAUAGCCAGCAAACAUGGGUUUAUCAACAAGGGACAGAUUGGAUCCCUGGACAACUAUUACCUGUUCCAGCACCAUCAUGUAUCAAAGCGCUCCCUGCGCUCCAGCCGCAAGCACCAGGGAGCCCUGAAAUCAGAGAGCGAGGUGAAAUGGAUGCAGCAGCAGCACGAAAAGGUGCGCCGGAAGAGGGACGGACCCUACCAGGACUUGCCCACCUACAGUCCGUAUAACCUUUUACGCCAACCCGGCGGCUACGUAGUCGAUCAGAAUCCGCAUCUUUCAUUCUCCCCAGAGUCGCUAUCGUUAGCCUCGCACUCGCCGCGCAUGGAGUACCGGGACGUCAGCUCGCAUUUUGUCUUUCCGGAUCCGUUGUUUAAGGAACAGUGGUAUCUGGUGAGUAAAAAUGGUGGAGCCAAGGAUGGCCUGGACAUGAAUGUGGGCCCUGCCUGGCAGAAGGGCUAUACGGGCAAGGGCGUGGUCGUGUCCAUUCUGGACGAUGGCAUUCAAACCAACCACCCUGAUCUGGCCCAGAACUAUGAUCCCGAUGCCUCCUUCGACAUCAAUGGCAACGACUCGGAUCCCACGCCCCAGGACAAUGGCGACAACAAGCACGGAACCCGCUGUGCCGGCGAGGUGGCCGCCGUGGCCUUCAAUAACUAUUGCGGCGUGGGCGUGGCCUACAAUGCCAGCAUUGGUGGGGUCCGCAUGUUGGACGGCAAGGUCAAUGAUGUGGUGGAGGCCCAGGCCUUGAGCCUGAAUCCCGCCCACAUUGACAUAUACAGCGCUUCCUGGGGACCCGAGGACGAUGGCUCCACUGUCGAUGGUCCUGGCCCCUUGGCGCGCCGCGCUUUCAUCUACGGCGUGACCAGCGGGCGGCAGGGCAAGGGCUCCAUCUUUGUGUGGGCCUCCGGCAAUGGUGGCCGCUACACAGACUCGUGCAACUGCGAUGGCUACACCAACUCCAUCUUCACCCUGUCCAUUUCCAGUGCCACCCAAGCUGGCUUCAAGCCCUGGUACCUGGAGGAGUGCUCCUCCACGCUGGCCACCACCUACAGCUCGGGGACGCCGGGUCAUGACAAGAGCGUGGCCACCGUGGACAUGGACGGACGCCUGCGACCCGACCACAUCUGCACCGUGGAGCACACGGGCACGUCGGCCUCAGCGCCCCUGGCUGCCGGCAUCUGUGCUCUGGCGCUGGAGGCCAACCCGGAGCUGACGUGGCGCGACAUGCAGUACCUGGUGGUGUACACCUCGAGGCCGGCGCCGCUGGAGAAGGAGACCGGCUGGACGCUGAACGGGGUGAAGCGCAAGUACAGCCACAAGUUCGGCUACGGCCUGAUGGACGCCGGCGCCAUGGUGUCGCUGGCGGAGCAAUGGUCGUCGGUGCCGCCGCAGCAUAUCUGCAAGUCGCGGGAGAACAACGAGGAUCGGAAGAUUGAGGGCGCCUUUGGCUACACGCUGGCCACGCACAUGGACGUGAACGGGUGUGCGGGGACCAUCAACGAGGUGCGCUACCUGGAGCACGUGCAGUGUCGCAUAACCCUGAGGUUUUUCCCCCGAGGCAAUCUCCGCAUCCUGCUCACCUCGCCCAUGGGCACCACCAGUACCCUGCUGUUCGAACGACCGCGUGACAUUGUCAAGUCCAACUUCGAUGACUGGCCCUUCCUGAGCGUGCACUUCUGGGGCGAGAAGGCCGAGGGCCGGUGGACCCUGCAGGUGAUCAAUGGCGGCCGGCGGCGCGUCAACCAACCCGGCAUCCUGUCCAAGUGGCAGCUCAUCUUCUACGGCACCUCCAGCCAGCCGAUGCGCCUGAAGUCGGAGCUGCUCAGCAGCAGUCCCCAGCUGCGCAGCCCCAUCGGCUCGAAUCCCUUCCUCAUCCCGUCGGCCUCGAACAUCGGCCAGCCGGCCAACGAGGGUGGCAACUUCAACACGGACAGCUUUGCCGGCUACCUCAAUUACCAGAAUAUCUUCAGCAGCGCUGGUUCCAAUCCAGAGCCGGCCACAGCUACGCUGGAUGGUCAGAAUGUGACCGCUUCUGCCAGCUCGUCCGCGGAAUCCGUUGGCUUUGCAGCCUCCGCUGCCCAGCUGGUGGCAGCACCGGAUGCCAGGGAUGGGGACAAGAAGAUCCUGCACUCCUGCGACGCCGAGUGUGACUCCUCGGGCUGCUAUGGCCGUGGACCCACCCAGUGCGUGGCCUGCAGCCACUACCGGCUGGACAACACUUGCGUGAGUCGCUGCCCGCCGCGCUCGUUCCCCAACCAGGUGGGCAUCUGCUGGCCCUGCCACGACACCUGCGAAACGUGCGCUGGCGCCGGACCCGACAGCUGCCUCACCUGUGCCCCGGCCCACCUGCACGUCAUCGAUCUCGCCGUCUGCCUGCAAUUUUGCCCAGAUGGAUAUUUUGAAAAUAGCAGGAAUAGGACCUGUGUGCCCUGCGAGCCCAACUGUGCCUCGUGCCAGGAUCAUCCCGAGUUCUGCACCAGCUGUGACCACCACCUGGUCAUGCAUGAGAACAAAUGCUACUCGGCCUGUCCCUUGGACACCUACGAAACGGAGGAUAACAAAUGUGCCUUCUGCCACUCGACGUGCGCCACCUGCAAUGGCCCCACGGACCAGAACUGCAUCACGUGCCGCUCGAGUCGAUACGCCUGGCAAAACAAAUGCCUUAUUAGCUGUCCCGACGGAUUCUACGCCGACAAGAAACGGCUGGAGUGCAUGCCCUGCCAGGAGGGCUGCAAGACCUGCACCAGCAACGGAGUCUGCUCCGAGUGCCUUCAAAACUGGACGCUGAACAAGAGUGACAAGUGCAUCGUGGCCGGCAGCGAGAGCUGCAGUGAAUCCGAGUUCUUCAGCCAGGCGGUGGGGCAGUGCAGCGCAUGCCACGCCUCCUGCGCCAGCUGCAACGGACCGGCCGAGACGAACUGCAUGUCCUGUGGCCCCAGUCGCCUGCUGGAGCAGAGCCGCUGUGUGAGCGGCUGCCGCGAGGGCUUCUUCAUGGAGGCGGGCUCCGUGUGCUCGCCCUGCCUGCACACCUGCAGCCAGUGCGUUUCGCGGACGAACUGCAGCAACUGUUCCAAGGGUCUGGAGCUGCAGAACGGCGAGUGCCGCACCACCUGUGCCGAUGGCUACUACAGUGACCGGGGCAUCUGCGCCAAGUGCUACUUGAGCUGCCACACCUGCAGCGGGCCGCGGCGCAACCAGUGCGUCCAGUGCCCGGUUGGCUGGCAGCUGGCGGCCGGCGAAUGCCAUCCCGAGUGCCCCGAGGGCUUCUACAAGUCUGACUUUGGCUGCCAGAAGUGCCAUCACUACUGCAAGACCUGCAAUGAUGCUGGCCCACUGGCCUGCACUUCUUGCCCGCCACACUCGAUGCUCGAUGGCGGCCUGUGCAUGGAGUGCCUCAGCUCACAGUAUUAUGAUACCACGACGUCCACCUGCAAGACCUGCCACGACUCGUGCCGCUCCUGCUUCGGUCCUGGCCAGUUCUCCUGCAAGGCCUGUGCGGCGCCACUGCACCUGGACCAGCUGAACAGUCAGUGCGUGCCCUGCUGCCAGAAUCAGACGCUGACCGAGAAGACCGCCGCUGCGCCCUGCUGCAAUUGCGAUGGAGAAACUGGUGAAUGCAAAGCUACCUCAACGGGCGGCAAACGGCGGACGGUAAUCGGCAGUGGAAGUGCCUACAAGAGUGGCGAGCCUGAGCACGGAGCCUUCGAGAGCGGAGGCAAUAGCAGGGAGUUUGUCCUGCGACUGGACUCACCUUUAACGGCCAUCACAGCUAUUGCUGUGGCCAUCUGCCUCUUGAUCAUAACGAUAUUCUCCAUUAUAUUUGCUGUUUUACAGCGCAAUAGCAACCAUGUGUCGAGAAACUCAGUGAGGUAUAGGAAAAUAGCAAACACAUCGUCGUCGGGGAGGCGAAAGAACUUGUCCGCCAAGCCCACCAACGAUGCAAGAUUCAUUUUUAACAUUGGCGAGGACGAAGACACAGACGGUGAUAAUUCCGAGGAUGAGAUGGACGGCCAUGUGGUGGGCACCGAUAGAAACAGGAUCGUCUACGACCGCAAAGGCAAAGAUCUGGGACACGAAUUUUACAUUGAAAGUACAAAUGAUAUUGAUGCGAUCGAGUUUCACUGCAAAGGAGCGCAGAAAGCAGAGUCCCAGCCACGAAGGUGCAAUGAGAGCGGAGGUGGUGAUGAAGAUGCUAUUCAUCCAUCGACAACGAGCCGUACAAACAUAAACAUCCGUAGCUGAUUGAUUGAUUGAUUGUUUGAUCGAUGGACAACGCAACAGCGAACAUAGAUUGUACCAACAAGAACAUUGAUCUUGGUUUUCUUGCUCUGGACUAGUAAAUUGUAACCUUGCUUUGAGGAAUAUAGCGAAUCGAAAUAUUUAACAUCUGAAAAAUGAUAAAAAUUUAUAUGUGAUUGUGAAUUGUUUUUAUAUAUAUAUUUGUAAAUUUAAUGUUUGUAUUAAAUUUUUAUGAAAAAUGUUAUGUCAAGUUGAAAA